AUGCCGGCUCUGCCAGCGCUGCUGCUGUCGAUACACUUCUCCUCCUUCCUGCUAGUUACCAUGGCACCACGCUCCGGAAGCCAGGCCACCCUGCUCUCCUCUGUCCGGAUGGGUGAGUGUCUAUCUAUCAAUCCAUCCCUCCCUCCUUCCAUCCCUUGAGCACCCUCAGGUGUCUGUCUCCCCCUCCUCCCCCGGUGUCUCACCCCCCUCCUCCCCCUUGCCCACCAGGGCACACCCAUUCACUCACCUGGCCUUCACAACCCUCAUAAAUACUCUGCUUGUCUCUACUCUUUUUGUCUUGCUGUCUUAUGGUGUGUAACAUCAAUGUUUUCUCUCGCUCCAUAUCUACGUCUCCCUCCCUCCCCAUGUAGCUGCGAUCCUGGAUGACCAGUCAGUGUGUGGGCGUGGGGAGCGGCUGGCUCUGGCCCUGGCCAGAGAGAACAUCAACAGUGUGAUGGAGGGAGGGGCCAGAGCCCGCGUGGAGGUGGACAUAUUCGAACUGCAGAGGGACUCCCAGUACGAGACCACUGACACCAGUGAGUAACACCACUACUGACCACUACAGACCAGUACUGACUAGUAAGACCAGUAAUACCAGGAGAGACCAGUAAAGAUGAGUACAGACCAGUACAAACCAGUAUUGACCUGUGCAGACUCAGUAGAGACCAGUACAAACUGUUACACGACCACAGACACUUGUACAGACCAGUAAUACCAGUCCAGACCAGUACUGACCAGUAAUACCAGUACUGACCUGUACAGACUAGUACUGUCCAGUAAUAUCAGUACUGACCAGUAAUACCAGUAUAGCCCAGUACUGCUCAGUAAUACCAGUAAAGACCAGUACUGAUCAGUAAUACCAGUACAGACCAGUACUGACCAGUAAUACCAGUACAGACCAGUACUUACCAGUACAUACCAGUACUGACCAGUAAUACCAUUACUACAAACUUAUAGAUUGAGGAUAUCAUUCAGUAGUUUUUGUGUAUUAGCUCACAGACCAAUGAGUUCUAUCAGGAUACAGACACUUGCUGUUCCCAUUGCAAGAGGUCACCACCCUGCCAUUAGCCAUAGCGAGCUGGAGGGAGAAGUGACUGUGUGGACGUGUGUGAAUGCACCGUACAGUAUGUGUGUGUGCUUGUGUGUGGCUUUAUACAUGUGUGUUUGUGUGUGCGCUUUUGUGUGGCUUUAUUCAAGUGUGUGUGUGUGUCCUUGACCAGUGGGCAGGACACUCUAACAGGCGUGUUUGCCAUCAGGGUCCUUGGAUCACAGGCCUUAUCUUACAGCUGUAGCUGUAUGACACACACACACACACACACACACACACACACACACACACACACACACACACACACACACACACACACACACACACACACACACACACACACACACACACACACACACACAGAUACACAGACACACACACACACACACACACGCCAGAGGUUAUGGGUGAUGAGGAUGGAGUGAUGGAGAGGAAUGAAAUGGAGCCCAGGGUGAAUCUAAAUAGUCUGAAGCAGCUUCCUCUCCUUGCCUCAUUUCCUUCAGCUGACGUGAAGAUGCACCCAUAAACUUACUGUAGCCCCAUGAUGGGUGCGAUUAUUGCCCCCUGUCAAUCAUUGACUCAGAGGCCUUGUUUCCCUGUUACUGUCUAGGUUCAACCAUGGUUACUGUGACACAGUGCAGUGUGGCAGGAAGACAUGUUGGCCUUGAUCAGUGUGUCAGUGGCAUUGAUGAGAUUAACUAUGAGACAGAACAGACUGACUGACAGACUGAACAUGCCCUAACAGUAGGCAAGAUGGAGUUUCCACCAUGUUGCUACGUUUCCAUCCUUUUCCCAUCAGUGGUCACAAAGGAAAAUAGAUCAUUUAAAGGUGUAGGCAAUGGCUAGGUUCCACUCUACAAACUCACUCCCUUCCCUCUGCCCGUGAAGGGAAGGUGGCAUAAUGGAACCAAGCCAGAGGGUUAAAGGACAAAGCAAGGAGUGAGUAAGAGUUCUGAAGUCCACAAGCAUUAGAAACAAUAGACUGCACUUCAACAUUUAUAGCAACAAAGAUGUAAGCACCCGACAAGCAAGAGAGUGGUAAGAGUUGUUGAAGUCCCAAGCAUUCAGAAACAAAGACUGCCACAUAUCACACCAGAAUUUUUUUUCCCCCCCCCCCAAAAAUUUAUUUUAAAAAAUUUUUUGUUUUUUUUUUUUUUUCCUUUUUCCCCUUUUUUUUUUUUUUUCUUUUUUUUUUUUUUUUUUUUUAUUUUUCUAUUUUUCUUCCCCUCCUCCUAAAUUUUUUUAAAUUUUCCCCUUUUUUUUUUUAUUCCCAAGGGUUUUCUUUUUUCCCCCCCCCAAAUAAUUUUUUCUUUUUUUUUUUUUUCUAAUCUUUUCUCUCCCUUUUUCUCUCCUCCCCUUUUUCUCCUCUUUUUCUCCUCUCCUCCCCGCCUCUCUCCCCCUUUCUCUCUCUGCCCCCUCUCUCUCCUCUUCUCUUUUGUCUCCCCCUUUUUUCCCUCUUCCUCCUCUCUUCCCCUCCCUUCCCUCCCUUCGGGGCUCCUCCAACUGUUUUUAAAACUGGUUUUCCCUUUGAAUAUCGGCCUUCCCCCCUUCUGCGCCCCUUUUCCCUUUUUUUUUGGGUUUUUUUCUUGUUUUUUUAAAAUUUAAUUUUUAAAUUUUUUUCCCCUUUUUUUUUCCCCCCCCCCCUUCCUCCCCUCUUCCCUCCCCUCCUUCUUCCUUUCCCCUUUCCUUUCUCCUUUCUCUUCCCCCUCCCCCCUUUCUUCCCCCCUUUUCCCCUUUAACCCCCCCCAAAAACCAAACCCCCGGGAAAGGGGGGUUUUCCCCCCCCCCCCCAACCCAAUUUAUCCCCCAACCCCUCCCCCCCUUUUUUUUUUUUUUUUUUUUCUUUUUUUUCCUUUUUUUUUUUUUUUCGGGGGCCCCCCCCCUUUUGGGGCCCCCCCGGGGAAAAGGGGGGAAAAAUUCAAAACAACCUGUCGAAAAAAAAAAAAACCCCCCCGGUUUUGCCCCCCCCCCAAAAUUUAAAAAGUAAAAUUUUUAAAGAAAAGCCCUCCCCUCUCCUCUCCUCUCCUCUCCUCUCCUCUCCUUCCCCUCUCCCCUUUCCUCCCCUCUCCCUCCUCUCUUCUCUCCUCUCUCCUUUACUCAUCCUCCUCCUCCUUCUCCUCCUCUCCUCUCCAGAUCCCUCAUGUAAAGAUAGGUCCAGAGGAGACUCCCAGGUUGCCCUACCUGCGUUUUGCCUCGGUCAGUCUGUACCCUAGCAACGAGGACCUGAGCCUGGCCGUGGCAGCCAUCCUGAGAUCCUUCAGCUACCCCUCAGCCAGCCUGGUCUGCGCCAAGGCCGAGUGUGAGUACUGUGUGUGUGUGUGUGUGUGUGUGUGUGUGUGUGUGUGUGCUUGUGUGUGUGUGUGUGCACGCAUGUAUUGUAGAUGUGUGUGAAUGUGUAAUUGUGUGUGUGCAUGUGUGUGUUUGUGUAACUCACACUCCCUGUGCGAGCUCACGGCAUCUUGGCACAUUCACACUCUGGGCGAAUAUGACUGUCCUGCUGUUAGACACUCAUUCUAACAGGCUGCUCUUAAAGUUCACUAAACUGUACAUGCAAACAACACAACACGUGGUCCAUACAAAUCACACUCCAACAGUAUCUACCUCUUACUCAUCCUCCAGCACUUGGACAGACAGUCAACCACCUGUCGGCCUCCAGACUAUUGAUUUAAAUAUUGAUGCACAGUAAUUAUUCCAAAGAGCUGUAAUUCUGUUUCAGUCUCAGAAAAUGAAGAGCUCCUCUCCUCUUCAUAGACUUGCCACUUUGAACAUGAGACCCUUUGAAAUACAUCAGAAACUGUACACCGAUAUGAUCAGUGAUUUUCAUGUGAUAUACAGGCAUACUUCCUUCCUUCCAUUUUCUGAUGUGAGACUUGUAUCUAUUUCAUGUGUUUACAAAAAGCUUCUCUCAUAUUUGGAAGAGGUUUUAAAAGCAACAGGUACGGUAGUCAUGGUGAUAUAGUGAUUGCGGGGGCAGAUGAGGCUCUAUUUUUGUCUGGGAAGUGAUCUCGUCAAGGUUACCGUUACCCACACUCUCUGACCCACUUGGCUGUGGGAGCUAUCACUGUGCUGAGCUGCUGGUUGCCAUGGCUGCAGAAUAGGUGCUAACUGCCACUCAACAGGCUGACUGCCUGACUCCCUCCACACACACGCACAUGCAGUCAGUGUGCUGCAGAGAGAUAUAGGAUGAACACACCAUGGUUACAACCAACAGGGGUUUUCAUAUUUUUCCAUCUACCUCCGUCAAGUGGCUUUCAGGAAAAGUGGACGUUGUGUUUGUUUGUGAGAUAGGUCCGGAUAUAACUGCCGUCCAUCACAUAUCAGAUGUAGUGGUUGAGUAACGCAAGGAGACAAGAUGGUUUAUUUUUCUCUUCUUAUAUUGUCCAUUCGGUUGCUGCAUGAUAAAAAAUACUUUUUAUGUUGAUUUCCAGGCGUUUUCCGGUUCUUUUUGGCUCACUGAAAUGAUUUUAAAGGAGGGUGUAUCCGUGGUUUUAGGCCAUUUUGGAGGUUUCCUUCUCUAGUUAUGUAUGGGUCACAUCCAGCUAUUAAUCUAGUGCCAUUAUGCAGUUUUUAUGAGAUGGAUGAGGUUAGAGGAGGGAUAGAGAGAGAGAAAGCAAGAGGUAGGGAGAGAGAGAUGGUGAUAAAGAGCUGGAGAGAGGAAUAGAGGGAUCGGGGAGAGAUGAUGAGAAAGGAGAUGGAGAGCAAAGGGGAGACCAGGAAAAGAAAAGAAAGAGGGAGAGAGAAAAAAGAGCUAGAGAAAGAGAUAGAGAGGGACGGAGAGGUUAGGGAAAGAGAGAGAAGUUAGAGAGAGAGAAGGAGAGGUUAGGUUAGUGAGAGAGUGUGAUAAAGAGAGAGAGGAAGCUAGAGAGAGAAUAUUGAUUUUUCUCCUCCUUCAAACUAAUUAAAGUUUUUGGCCUGGUUCGGUGAUUAUCACACUGCUUACAGGCCUGCUCUCCGGGAGGCCCCUGUCCCCUCCCCCCUCCCUCCCUCCCUCCCUCCCUCCCUCCCUCCCUCCCUCCCUCCCUCCUCUCUCUCCCCUCUGGCUCCCUGUGAAGCUCCCCAGACGCUGGUAGCUCCUCUUAUUUACUUUUCCAGCAGCGUUUUACUAGAGAAUAUAGAACUAGAAUGGGAAUUAGAGUUUAUAUUCUAAAUCCUAAGGACUAUUCCAUAGUGUUUGGCCCAGGGACUAGCUACAGUACUGUAUAUAUAUAUACAGUACAGAAUGCUUUGAGGAACGAAUGCGUCAUGUGUUGAUGCAUCACAUGCAUCAUGUCGUCACUGGAGACUUUUGAUAUUGUGCAUUGCAAUGGGAGAGAAAGAAGUAGCCGUUCAUUUAGCUUUUCUGUUUGGCUUGUCCCUAGUUGGUCUUGUUGCUAUGUAUGUUGCUAAGUAAUUACCAGUCUGUCCGUAGUGGAUUGGUGGGUCCGUUUUUUCACUUGCUUUCAACCACAUCGUCUCUCUCAGAAUUGUGAUACAUUUCACAGUGCUAUACAAUAUACAUGCAAUAGGCAACAAUGUCAAAUUCUAUAUCAAUGCCAUAGUGGUAGGUUAGCACUAUAUAAUUAUUGAAUCCUUCUCAGAACCUGAUUUAUAGUAUCUCUUGUUAGAACUACCAGUACAGUACAGUUUCUAUGCGUUUUACCAUGCCAAUCUCCAACAUCCCAUGUUUGUUUGUGGGAUGUUAAAUGAAGUCUCACUUAAAAUGUCUAUUCUAUCCCUUCUCUUCUCCUUCUCUCCGGCUCUCUCCCGGCUCCACCCCUCAGGCCUUCUGCGAUUGGAGGAGCUAGUGCGGCGCUUCCUGAUCUCCAGGGAGACACUGUCAAUCAGGAUGCUGGAUGACAGCCUGGACCCCACCCCUCUGCUGAAGGAGAUACGAGACGACAAGGUGGCCACCAUCAUCAUCGACGCCAACGCCUCCAUCUCCUACCUCAUCCUCAAAAAG